AUGGAGUUUUGCUGCUGCUACCUACCCCUCGUCAACGUCGGCGCCUACCUACUGGUACUCGAGACAGCACUCGUAGCGCUUGCAGUGGGCAUCUGCGCGCUCGUUCCGCCCGCAAUCGUUGCCGGAGACGGUGUCAUUCCGUCAUGGUCGAAGGGGCUGGUUGCCGCCCUCGGAUUCAUCACGCUCGUAUGGCAGAUCAUCGGUUUGGUCUCGGUGGCUCGUCAGAUGCCCACGCUCUACCGCACCUACUUGCGCAUCAACCUGGUCCUCACACUCGCAAUCAUCGCGGCAACCGUAGCAUUCCUUAUUGUCGCAGCAGCUCAGCACAACAAGGCGGUCAGAGCGUGUGUUUCUACAUACGGUGUGAUCCCUUCCAACUCGAACGCAUCGUCCUCGCUGUCUCUGUCGGGCCUGGGUCAGUCGACGGACGCCUUCUCGGAGUCAGGCCAGUCGAUCUGCAACAUCUUUGUGUGGGCACAGACGGGUGUCAUGGCAGGUCUGAUCGUAUUGGUGGCGUUGACGCAGUUCUACAUGCUGGCUGCGCAGAGGGCGUACGGUGGAGAACAGAGGAAGGCCUUCAGGGACAGCAAGGUGAGCUACCAGGAUAUCCCGAUGAACCCAAGGGACUCGGCUGUGUGGGAGCCUCACCCGAGCGACCCCUACGCUGGCGGUCAGCAUGGAUACAACAACAGGGAGCCUGCUGGCUAUGGUGGACACGACGCGUACGACUCGUACGCUACCACACCCCGUGGCAAGUACGCUCACACGCCGUACUGA